UGAAUAACAACAACAACACUCAAUUUGAGUUGUUUACUAGUAACUCGUACUUGAUGGUAUACAUUGGAGAGACUAUCAAGUUAUUGACAUGGUGCAAGAUGAAAUGAGGGAUUACAUACUGCGAUGAAAACAUAGUAGGUGUAGUGAUUCUAAUAUAAUGCUAUGAAGACGAGAAAAAAGCCACCACCGCCAGAAAAAUCACACAGUGAGAAGUGUGCAGCUACUCGACACUCUCCAAAAAAACUUUCUUAUUCAAGAAAAAGGGUUAGCCCUUCUCAUGCUGUGAAAAAAAAAUUACCUAGUGUUGCUCAUGACUCGACAUAUAAACUAACUCGUGCUUCUCCAGCAAAGGAGCACAAAGUGACGACAAUCAGAAAAAGGGUAACAGAUGUCAGACCAACGUGUUCCACGUCAUCAUCCUUGGAACGAGAAGAUUUCCCAGAUGGCGCUGCUGAUGAUACGGUAGUCUCCUGCCUGACAUCUGAUAGUGAGAAAUGCCAUCUGGAGGAACUUAACCAGAAUCUCAAGUUUAUGAAUACAGAAGGAAGCCCUAUGUUAUCGGAGCUGCAUGGUCCAUUGAACCAGAUGCCUACUGAGGAAAAAUCCCCCACAAAGAAAACUACAAGGAAGAAAGGGAGCACUAUUCCAGUUGGGCCAAAGUCAUCACGGACAACCAGUAAGGCAUCACUGCGAGCCAAAGCUACAAUGAUUGUGGAGAGCCAACCUAAACGUAAUGCUCGUAAACGCAUAAGAUACAGUCCUGAAAGGAAGAGCAAGCGACAGAAAAUUGGGUGCAGCACAGAUAGCAAGAGCAAUGUCAAAAUAGCAGAAAUGCCUUCUAAGAAAGAUGGAGAAGAAGACUACUUAAAUAUUGACCGACUCUUGGAGCAGCAUGCAGCCAAGAGUAAUCUGUCGGUGAUCAAUGUGAAAAGCAUACUGCACCAUGUAAUCACGAAUGAACAUGUGCUGGCAAUGGUUCAAAACACAAUGGGAGAAUCAGAGACUGUAGAUGAAGCCCUGUGUAUUCCUAAACUGACCAGGUCAAAGGUCCGAGAGGUGAAGCAGAAAGGGCAGCUUUCAGUUCCCUGGCCAGUGUCACCUAUGAAGAAGAGGUCUAACCCAAAGAUUUUAGAGGCAGAGUUUUCGGAGACAGAAGAUGAGGAAUACAACCCAGAAGCUGAUCCAGAGGCAAUUGAGAGCGAUGAAGAGAGCUGGUUGUCCCACCCUAGUGAGUUAGGGUCACCAGCAACCUCCUGUGGGCCAUUCACCCCACAGACUCCCACACCCUUGUCGUCUACUCCUCUGAAGGAGCCUGAUGACAAUCAUGGAGAUUCAGAGCCUACCAGGCAGACAGCUAAGCACAUAGUGGCUAUGCCGGUUCCAAUGGGACCUCCGCUGUACAAACCGCCCGCUGUGCCAUCGACCUCGCAGGCAACUGAUGCAGAUGCUGAGCUAAUAGCCUGCAGAACACGCUCCAAGCUCCCUCUGGUGGACACUCCGCUGGAGGAGAUCGAGGCCAACUUUAUGUUUCCAGAUCUGUUCCCAGAUUUGCAUGACGAGACAGAGGCUCAAGACCCAGAGUGGCUCGACUGGCUGGCAGGCCUGUACAGCACCUCCUUGGAAAAAAACGAUCAUAAUGAAAGUGUAGAUGAAGAAGCCAAUGACCCGGAGUAUAAUUUCCUCGAAGACAAGGAGGAGGUGGAUAAGGAGGACUUCCGGGAUGAUAAGGCCGUCAGAGUGACAAAGAAGGAACUGAAUGAACUCAUGCAAGAACUUGCUGACAUUCUUGAGGAAGAUGACACAUCAGAGUACAUCAUUCCACUGGCAAAUGCCACACCAUCUCUGCCAACAAGCACUGUUGAGCUGAAGUCGGAGUGGGAAGAAUGGCAAAGCAAGGAAGGUCACCACCACCAGCUGCAACAGCAACAACAACAACAGCAGCAGCAGCAACAGGAGCAGAGUGAACUAUGUGUCAUGGAGGAACACCUCAAAACUGAGGAAUUUCCAUUUAAUGAUGACUUGAGAAGAAAGCUAGCUGACCAGAUGCGAAAGCAUGUACAGUUGUCCACACAGACGUUUCUGUUGACCAAUGAAUGUGAGGGAAUGAGUGAGGAAGCUCUCCUUUGCAAGCAAUUCCUGCAUGAGCUUGGUAAAUAUGCGAGCAUGUCACUAAGUCAAGGAAAAUCCGCAUUCAAUACAUGCAACCUGAAUGAGGGAUUGGCCAUAGUGGACAAUGCCAAUAUCAAUCAUAUAGCAGACGAAUCCCCAGGGAAACAGAAAAAGCGAGUGAGAAAGGUCUUCCCUGAACUCAAGCCCCACACGGUGCUGACACUGGCUGAGAGUCGAGCCUUCAUCUACCCUGAGAUGCUGCCAGCACACGGCCUGCUGCCAAAGCAACCGCCGAAGGAGCACGAGAAGCCAGUUUUCAUAGAAGCAGAAGACAACUUGAUAGCCAUGGGUAUAGCUCAGUUCCCAAGGACUGAUCCUCAGUAUGCGAGGCUUAUCAGACAGCAUAUGGUGCCGACAAAGACUGAGCAGCAGAUACGGCUUCGCAUUAAGAAUUUGACAGUUGCAAAAGCGACCAAUAACUCGAUCAAGUACUUUAAGGACCAUGGCAAAGUUCCGGACUUCAACUUCUCGCCUCCAUUGUUCGAUCCAGCGCUAGUGGUGCCACCUGCCGCAAACAUGAUUAAGCCUGUGUGGUACAUGAAAUAUCUGUCGUACCGCAAUGACGCCGCUCACAGUGCGUUCUCACUGCCAAAACCAACACAGCUCAUGGCCGACUUUCCGACGAUUAUCUUCCUCACUGGAAACGAGCUUCUGGGCGUGCCCGCCAUCACACAGCCGUCGGUGACCAUGCUCAGUUUGAGUGCCGGCGUUGGCAGUACUGUAACGACUUCGCCAGCGUACGUGCAGGAUACUAAGCAGCUACCUUUGCAGCAGACUGCACCAGUAGGUCGUCCCCAACCAGUGAAUGCUAAGAGUGUAGUGCUGUUGUCCCCGGCAACGGCCUUGGUCGGAUCGCCAUGUACGACCACCUCCCCGUUGCCAUCUGAUGGUGUCGUCAAGACCGCAGUCGUCAUGGCAACCCCCGUAAUUCUAUCGACGCCCGCAGCCUACGUGUCAACCUCAAUCCGGACAUCUACGAUGCCGAUUCAUGUUGCCACGGUCACCGCCUCAUCCCAGCUUCCAGCGUGGAGCGGGUCGGCACUGGUGCGUGAAAACGUGAGGGGAGUGGACGGAGCGUCGGCGGUUGGGGUGUGCACCACAACAUGGUGCACACCAAUCCUUCCAGCGCAGUCACGUGGAUUCUCUCCUGUAAAUGUUCCCGGAGAUGACAACCAGGAACAAGCGCAGGGCAUUGCUAUAUCUGUGGCAGAUCCAACAGAGACUGCAUCUGCUUCGCUGGCCACGUCAAGUGUGUUGUCAUCACAGUCUGUGACGGUGGCGCCAUCGAUUUUGCCAUUAGUAACCUCCGUGGUGCCGGUGUCAGAACAGCCAUCUCUACCCUCAGUGCUGCCAGAUACCUCAUCGGUGUCACCAUCACCAGCUUCAGCAUCUCCGGCAGAACUGGUGCCGGCAGUGUUGGUGCCGCCCACAUUGUCGAAGUCGUCAUUGUCAUCAUCACUGUCACCACCACCAUCGUCAGCGUCACCAUUUUCAGUAUCGUCUUCAUCGGCAUCAGUGCCAGUGUCGAUGUCGCUGUCGCAACCAUCCACAUUGGUGGUGACGUCGUCUAGGUCAGAGUUAUCAUUGCCAGCGAUGCCAGCACAUUCGUCAGCGUUGGUUCCAACAUCAUCAGUGUCACCAUCACAGGUGUCACCGUCGCUGACACAACCGGUGUCAAUGUCACCGUCAUCACGGUCCCCGUCACCACUACCGGUGGAUCCAUUCCUAGGGUCACUAUCGCGAUCAUCCGAAUUAUCGUCGUCGUCGUCAUUAAUGUCCGUUCGCAGUCCAGCAGACGUUUGUGUGAUGUCACCAAUCUCGAUCACGGCAAAGUCCAAGAAAGGCCGACACAUAGUCGUUAGAAAUAUUGGUGUCGUGUCGAGCAAACGUAGCCCAAGGAAGAGUCUCGCAAAGAAGAACAUGGAGCUGAGGCAGGCGGCUUCCUCGUCAAGAACGUUCGGCAUCCUCCCAGCAACACAUGACAGUUGUGAGCCAAUGCCACGUGGCAUCAGCGUGUCAGACCCACGUAGCAGCAGUUCCUCUGUGCCAUUAACGACGGACGUGCCAGUGCCACCAAGUGCAAUUGUGGCACGGUCAUCUACUGCAAUUGUGCCAGUUCCAGCAAGUGCAAUUGUGGCACGGUCAUCCACUGCAAUUGUGCCAGUUCCACCAGGUGCAAUUGUGGCACGGUCAUCCACUGCAGUUGUGGCCCGGUCAUUCACCACAAUUGUGCCAGUUCCAGCAAGUGCAAUUGUGCCAUUUCCAACGAGUGCAAUUGUGGCACGGUCAUCCACUGCAAUUGUGUCAGUUCCAGCAACCCCAAUUGUGACAUUUCCAUCAAGUGCAAUUGUGCCAGUUCCAGCGAGCCCAAUUGUGACAGUUCCAUCAAGUGAAAUUGUGCUAGUUCCAGCAAGCCCAAUUGUGCCAGUUCCAUCAAGUGCAAUUGUGUUAGUUCCUGCGAGCCCAAUUGUGCCAGUUUCAUCAAGUGCAAUUGUGCCAGUUCCAGCAAGUACAAUUGUGCCACUUCCAGCAAGUACAAUUGUGAAAGUCCCAGCAAGUACUACUGAAGGAGCACUGAUACGAACACAGCAUGUCCAGUUUCAACCUGAUGCCGUAACGGUCAUAGCUUCAACGGCAUGCAGCAGCAGCUCUGAUGACAGCAGCAGUAAACACACAUUGCCUAUGCUGGAACGUAGCAGCCGUGAUGGAGUAGUGACCCAUUCAGCAGCCUCUGGUCGUGCAGCAGUAGACGAGUUGGGCGUAAACAAACAUUCCACCAGAAUCCGGACGUCCGUUUUGCGUCACGGUUCUCGAGCCGAUGACUGUACGAUAGCUGCCGCUGCAAUGACCAUGACUCGAUCCGGUCCCGUGAGUGAGGCGUCGAUGCCUUCCCCUACCUCUGGUGUUAGACCCUGCGUCGUGUCGCCACCGCCGCAUUGCACGAUCACCACCCACGUCCCUCUCCCUGGUGGAGAGGUGCUGCUGAUGCACAGCAGCCCUACAAAGCAGUCACACAGGGGUAUGCCUCCGUGUCAGGACCACGAUACGACCACGUUGCCUCGCACAGCAGGUGGCGACUCCGUGGCGAGUUACUCCAUGUGUGGCUGGAGCCCACAUAGCACUGCAGCUAAGGACUCAGUUGCGAGUAUAGACAGCGGUCAUCUUCCACAUGAAGAGCCACCAGCAGGGUUGGUGGCUGUGCCGAUUGUGCAGGAGAUUGUCACGACUGACGUUCCUAGGAGAUAUGUUGAUAUUCAACCACUAGAUGGCGCCAACCUGACUGCAUCUGCUUCUGUACAGCCCAGCACAAGUUGUCAGUCAUCGUCGACGGCCUCGAAUCUCGUCACCGCGACAGGCACGAGCAAACAACCACUUGGCGAGGAUGCUGGAGCGCCAUCUGGUGGCACUUCGAUUGCUGCCGGGCAUCCGGGCGACGGCGAAGAGUUUGACAGAGGGGUUGGGGAGGAAGGACCACUGCGAAGUGUGCUAUUGCCGCGAGAUUCUCCCGGCCGCCCCGACCAUGUUCCGCUGAUGGUGUCUGCUCUGGAGACGACGCCAGACAAGUCAUCGUCAGCAUCCCCUGUGGCAUCGUGCAGCAUGCUGAUCGAGUUAUCAUCAGCAGCGCCCCCUUUUCUGUCACUAAACACGCCCAAGAAGUCAUCGUCAAUAACCCCUGUUGUGUCGCCAGGCACACCAAACAAGUUGUCAUCAGCGCCCCUUAUGGCAUCGCUAAGCACGCCGGAUAAGUCAUCAGCGCCCUCUAUGGCAUCCCUGAAUACUCCGGAUAAGUCAUCAGAACCCCCUAUGGCAUCGCUAACCACGCCGGAUAAGUCAUUCAGGCGUCCCUCUAAUGGCAUCCCCUGA